CUCCUCUCUUCUAAUCCCACGUCGCGUGCAUGCCGUGUCCCGUGAUUUACGGAGGGACGUGACGAUGACAAUGCCGAUGACAUCGUGCCUGGCGACGAUGAAUUAACGCUUUCGCGCGAGCGCACGAGCGACGAUCGGCGAGAUCCGACCGGCAGAGAGCUAUGCGCGGCAUAACUGUGAUGUGUCCGUGUGUAGCAACAUUAACGGUCAGACAUUCGCUCCACUCUGCAGAUGUUUCUCGCACAGGUGAAGCCGGGUGCCUAGAACACAGCUGGCAAAAUGGGCAAGUUGUUGUCAAAGAUCUUUGGCAACAAGGAGAUGCGUAUUCUCAUGUUGGGACUGGAUGCGGCAGGAAAAACCACAAUAUUGUAUAAACUUAAACUAGGACAGUCUGUGACAACUAUACCAACUGUAGGAUUCAAUGUAGAAACAGUUACCUAUAAGAAUGUUAAAUUUAAUGUGUGGGAUGUAGGUGGCCAAGAUAAAAUACGUCCGUUAUGGCGUCACUACUACACAGGGACGCAAGGACUUAUUUUUGUAGUAGACUGUGCGGAUCGGGAUAGAAUCGACGAAGCCCGCCAAGAACUUCAUCGAAUCAUAAACGAUAGGGAAAUGCGUGAUGCGAUAAUUUUAAUCUUUGCUAAUAAACAAGAUCUUCCGGAUGCAAUGAAACCGCACGAAAUACAAGAGAAACUGGGAUUAACUAGGAUACGAGAUAGAAAUUGGUACGUUCAGCCAUCUUGUGCCACAACGGGAGACGGGCUUUACGAGGGCCUUACGUGGUUAACCAGUAAUCAUAAAUUAUGAGCAAAUAUUUAUUUUUCACAAAUUAGCUAUAUAUACAGAGAAUAUACGUUUGCUUUGUAUUUCUUAUUUUAAUUUAUCAUGUGGAGGCUCCGUCAAGACGAACAAACUGACAAAUGAUACGGUUUGACGACAUCUUUUUUACGAGUAACGUUAUCACAGGUGCAAAAAUGGGGUGGGGGGGGGAUGAGGAAAAACAAUAUGAAGACAACUAUUAAUGGUGUGUUCCAAUAAUAUCGAUACUAGGUGAAUAGUAAUUUAUUGUAAACGAGGUACCAAGGGGCGUGACCUUUGUUAUACUAGCUAUUUAUCCCCAUUUCACGGAAAUAAUUACCGAAUAGAGUUUAAAACGCUAGCGGGUUUAAUACCGCUCUCUGUACAUGUAACAUAUUCACACAAGUGUACUGUUUCAUGAGACACAUACGUUGUACAAGUUAAUGGGAGAAAAAAGGAAGAGAGACAAAAAAAAUUACGAGAAUCUAGUUAUGAUAUUAAGAGGUUCACGGAUUCACAAGAAUUAGUAUACUGUAUAACUUACCUUUGCAGGAUCAUAUCUAAUGUCUAUGUAACUGUUACUUGAGCGGAGUUGCGUUUCUCUCUCUCUCUCUCUCUAUCUCACUCUAACUCUCUCGUGCGAGAAAGUACCUCAAGAUUUUAACGAAACGCAGCUAGAUUUUUAACUUCGCAAUAUCUUGUUGUCAAAGUGCUAUCUAAUGUGUAUUAUAAUGAUAUUCGUAUACAUAUAGCCCGUGAGUAUAACACGUGAAUAAAUUUAAAAGAUCUACAUUGAGGCUUUAUAUAGUAACAGCAAGACUAUUCCGUUAAUUAACAUCCUUGCUAUGUAGAGUUCCGUGCUGAAAAAUUGCUUGUAUUUCUUUUUAUAACUUCGUCUUCCAACUCGCAUCUCUGGUAUUUCUUUCAAUCAAUUCCCAUCUUUUUCUGUCAUCUCGAUCACGGGAUACGAUAAUUUUAAAGUAUCAUCAGAUUAUUGCUAUAAUUACGCACAAGUUCGCAGAAUAUAGGAAGCAAUGCAAUAAGGAGUUAUCGGUUUACUGAUAUUGUGAGCUCAAAAACCAAAACAAAAAAAAGAGGGAGAAAAGGAAAUAAUGUUACAAGGAACGUAACAGCAUUGAAUCUGCCAAUAUUUUUUACUGUUUAAGUGAGUAUCGGAUAAUAAAGCAUACUAGUAUUAGGUCGCAACGAUCGGAUCGUUAAGAUCAACGUUUUAAAACGGAUGAGAUAUAAAUGUUUUCGUGAUCGUUUAAUUUCUCAUAGCAUAAUCCAUAGAGUAAGGACUAGUAAGGAUAUACAUUUCGAGAUUCAUAACUAAUUUACGCAGUUUGCAAGUGUUCAAAAAAUGUUUGUGCAGUGUUCAAAAAAUGUUUGUGUUCGAUUAUCGAAUCAAAUUGAGUUACGAGUAAAUAACAAGUGAUGAUUACAUAUAUACCUUUUGUAAUUUCGUGAAAUGCAUUGACACCUUGUUUACAUUCCAUGGUACACUAGCGAAGUAGACAAGUUAGACGAAACGUUUUUAGUUAUAUACGAGCAAUCUUCUACGUGGAUUAUAACAAGAAAGAGAUUUUUUCCAGAUGUAAGUUUGUAUAACUUCCUCAGCAUCCGUACCAUUAAUGUUAAGUAAUCUCACUUACUGAGAUGUGUUCGAUGAAGUCGAACGUCGUAUUGUCUGUAUAAAAAAAAUCACAAUCAGGCUUUGGAAAUACGGAGCUGUGUUUUUCCAGAGAAAACGUUAGACAUGUUAUUUUAGCAACUCUCUAUGGCCACGUAUUUGUACGACCUCGUGAACGUAAUCUCUACAUUUUUUUAAUAAUGUUUCAAAUGGCGGUACCAUUAUUGUGCACUAUCUCUAAUCAUUAAAAAAAAUAUGUAUAUACAUACAUAUAUGUAUAUGUAUAUGCAUGUAUAUAUAAAAUUGUGUUGCGUUUUACCAUCAGCUUUAGCAGAAGCCAUUUUUCUCAUUAUUCAAUGUGAUGUUAUGAUGUUAAUUGACGAAGUUUUAUGUAUAUAAAUAUGUUUGAUCUAUUCCAACUAACUGUCGAGCGUCUUAUGUGUUCCAUAUAUCCAGACUAAUUAACGAAAAAAAAAA